UUGCUGUCUCCAAUAAUGAUUGUCAUCACUGCCUGUAUGUGGACGACUGUUCCAUUAAACCAGUGGUUGUAUCAAAAUCUGGAGGCUAUUGUAUCAAUGUAUGAGGAUCGCUUUGAAAUGUGGACGACUGUUCCAUUAAACCAGUGGUUGUAUCAAAAUCUGGAGGCUAUUGUAUCAAUGUACGAGGAUCGCUUUGACCUCUACACACUUAAGAGCCAGCUCAUUGAGGAAAACGGUAGUGAUUGUGCUGAAACAUAUAGUUGGUGGGAGAAGCUUAUGCUAAGAAAAUAUGAAAGUGCACCUACUUCAUUGCAGUAUGUUGUGAUAAGUAAUUUCUCUAUGUCUGUAAAACGCACCAAGGAAUUAAGAGCCCUGACAGGGUGGAGAUACUAUUUCAGUCUGGUCCUCGAGUUAUCUGACAUUAGCCUGCCCAUGGUUAGAGCUGUCAUCGACAAAGUUAGCAAUGCCAUCUCAUUUUUUCUAGUUUGCUUGAUUGGGAGGUCAUUGGGACUCAUCUAUACAGGCAUUAGGCGGUCCCUCAGAUGGAAGUGAGAUGGAAAUGGUACCUUAUCAUUUUGUUGAUCACAAAUUUCUGUCAGUCAUUUUCGCAUGUUGUAGCAGUCUAGAGGAAUGUGAUAUGUGCAUUGUUACUCUGGAAAGGUUUUUCUUGUUUACCCUGAUGC